CGGUAAAAUCGAUUUUGUGGCUUAGUUCUGAAAUUUUUUCUAAUAUAUAACGUAACACUUUUCAGCACUGCCUAGGGUUUUCAAUUUGCAGGAGAUCAAAUACAGCUCUCCUACGCAUUUAAUUUCGCCGUCCGCCAUGGUGAACGUGCCAAAGACAAAGAAGACCUUUUGCAAAUCAAAGCAGUGCAAGAAGCACACUUUGCAUAAGGUCACCCAGUACAAGAAAGGCAAAGACAGCUUGGCUGCUCAAGGUAAGCGCCGUUAUGACCGAAAGCAGUCGGGUUAUGGAGGUCAAACAAAGCCUGUUUUCCACAAGAAGGCAAAAACGACAAAAAAGAUUGUGCUGAGGCUGCAAUGCCAAGGUUGCAAGCAUGUUUCACAACACCCUAUCAAGGUUUGUUUGUUUUACUUUUUGUUCACGAUUGGAGGUGCAAGCAUUUUGAGAUUGGUGGAGAUAAGAAGGGCAAGGGAACCUCUCUGUUCUGAGCAUGCACUUGCUGGGAUUGCACUUGGACUCUAUCCUUCGUUGUUCUUGCUAUAAAUUAGACGGAAUAUUGUAUUUCAAUUAGCAAACUCAGUUAUAUUUUCUUGACCCUGGAUUAAGUAUUUGAAUGUUUUUGCCUCUUAAAAUGUUAUGCCUUGUUAGUGUAUGCGACAUUGUCUUGCUACGUUGUCAAGUUUUGUCAUGCUAAUUUUUAAGAUCUGAAUACGUUGUCAUUUUUUGUCAUUCUAAUUUUUAUGAUCUGAAGUGGCACCCGUGAUUUUGCCCUCGUGUGUUCAUGAAAGUGUGAUCUUUAUUGUUGGAAAUUCCAC